UCCAGAGCAUUGAAGGAACUGAAGAAUUGGACUCUGUAGACCUCAUAUAGCUGGUCAUGGUGAUUACCAUGGCGUCUCAGGAUGUUCAGAACUUCUUCCAGCCUCUCUCUUCCUGGAUAUCCCGUGUUUAUGAAGCUCUUCAGCAAGCAGGAGAUAUGUUAUCUGCUUCGCUGGUUAACUUAAACAAACAAGACUCUAAAUUGAGUGACAAGCUAGACCAGGACUUAGAUGAUAUUCAGAUUCAGGAAACUUACCUUGAAGAUGAAGAACAAGACAAUGAUUGGAGUCAAGAGGAUGCAAAUUCCUUAUUUCUUGAAGUGGAUAAUUUUUCAUGUUGUAAUAGUGAUUUGCAGGACUCUGCCCAAAAUUCAAGCCUCAGAUUUAGCCAACAUGCAGAGGAGUCACAUUCCACAAUGUCCCAGUGGCCCAAUCAGACCUUUGAUGCCCAAAAGUCACCACAUGUGCUUUCUUCUAUUGCUGAGGAAGAGCAUCACCUUGGAAAGCAAAGAAGUGGUCUUCGACACGGCUUUGACAGCCUGCUCCCUGGUACUUUAGAAACUGUUAAUGGAAAAAAGCCAGUCAACAGCUUUGGGGAUGAUGAAGAGCUGUCCACAUCUUCUGACAGUGAUGAGGAGGUGAUCAAACAAUUUGAAAUUUCUGUGUCUCGGUCCCAGAGUUUCCGUUCAGGAGCAUCUGAGAAAGGAAAGCAGGCAAAAUUGGAACAGAAACAAAAAUUCAGCCGUUUGCUGUCUACCCACAAAGAAGAUAGUGCAGAAGUAUCUGCUUGUGAAGAUUUGGAUGGAGCCAGUCAACUGGGUUAUUCUGAGAAUCUGUCUUACGGUGAAGAUGACUCCAUGCCUGCUCACUCACAGUCCCCAUGUGAGAGAGGGGAUACCAGACAUCAUGGCACAUCUCACCGAGAGACUAGUGUGGUCCGAAGCCUCAGCCGCCAGUCCACAGAGGGCAGCUUGGAGUUGGAGACAGCUUUUAAUAGCCGGGGAUUUGAAGAUUCCUAUGCCACUGACAGCUCCUCCAUGUGGAGUCCGGAGGAACAGGAUGGGACCAAUCUUCAGGUGUCAUCUGGGGUCUCAGAGCCCAUUUCAAAGUGCGGUGACUUAGAUGUCAUCUUUGAAUAUAGAGCUGCCAGCCAGAAGCUAACAGUGACCAUUGUGAGAGCACAGGGCCUCCCGGAUAAGGACCGAAGUGGCAUCAACUCCUGGCAAGUUCAUGUAGUUCUGCUGCCCGGGAAGAAACAGAGGGGUAGGACAGGCAUCCAGAGAGGGCCCAACCCAGUCUUCAAGGAGAAGGUCACCCUUGCCAAGCUAGAGCCCAGAGACAUGGCUGCCUGUGCUGUACGCUUCCGCCUGUAUGCUGCCCGCAAGAUGACCCGAGAGAGAAUGAUGGGAGAGAAACUGUUCUAUCUCAGCUACCUGCAGCUAGAAGGGGAAAUGAAAGUGACUUUGGUUCUGGAGCCAAGAAGUAAUAUAAGUAGUGGAGGGUCUCCGCUCAGCCCAUCUGCAGUUUCUCACAGUGACAGUGCUUCAUCCACGCAGUCGCUGUCUCAUGGAGGGGCGCCAGAGCUGUUGGUGGGGCUGUCGUACAAUGCCACAACAGGACGAUUAUCUGUGGAAAUGAUCAAAGGCAGCCAUUUCCGAAACCUCGCUGUUAACCGAGCCCCCGAUACAUAUGGAAAACUCUUUCUCCUCAAUUCUGUGGGUCAAGAGAUGUCCCGCUGCAAGACAUCCAUCCGGCGUAGUCAACCCAAUCCUAUCUAUAAGGAGACCUUUGUUUUCCAGGUGGCCCUUUUUCAGCUCUCUGAUGUCACAUUGAUGAUUUCCGUGUAUAACAGGCGUACUAUGAAGCGUAAAGAAAUGAUUGGCUGGAUUUCUCUGGGUCAGAACAGCAGUGGAGAGGAGGAACAAGAUCAUUGGGAAGAAAUGAAGGAAACCAAAGGCCAGCAGAUCUGCAGAUGGCACGCUUUACUGGAAUCCUAGGUUUGCCAGCCUGUGCUUGUGUGCUGUGUCUACCUUGCUCACCUAUUGUUGCCAACUACUGACACAAGCCUGUGCAUCCUGGCAAGGUUUUUAGACUUUCAAACAGAGAUUCUACUAAACCCUAGGACAUUCUGAGUGGGAGCUCUGGGUUUCUCAAUAGUUUGAUUUGGCUUUAAAUAUUGUAAUUAAAAAUUUAUUUAUUAAGUUACAGAAACUUAAUUCACACAAGAUGUGUUGGUCCAACAGCAAGAAUUUAAGCCUAUGUUGAAGGGAGAAAUUUGCAGCUCAUAUGAGUGUUACAACUAAUCUAGCAAAACAGAGAUGGCUAAUUUUUUAUCACUCCCUCCCCCUACUUUUUUGUAUGUGUAUGUGUACACAUACACAACCAGGUGUCUGUAUUGAAAUUGUUAUUAAAGUUAAGAUAAUCAAUAAUGAGUUAAUUUAUGCUAAUAGAUUACUAAACUUUGGUUCAGACUAUGGGAUGAAGCGUCUCCUGCCGUCUCUGUUUACUUGACGAGUAACCUGAGAUUGCAAGGGAGCUGUUAAAUGCUACUAUUUGUAACCACUUUGGUGUAUGACUCAGAAUUUUCUUAACAUGGUACAAAAACUCCAAAACAGAAAUGAAUCAAAUGCUGAGACUCAUAGAAGAUCUAAUUGUAAUCUAUAAUAAUCUCUUAUUUCACAUUUUCUCAUUAUCAAAGAAAGCUGUUUAACUAACAAGCAAAUAUUAUAAACAUGCACAUAUAAAAUAAAUUUGUAUUAAUUAAAUACCUGUUAUCUUACAUAUUAUGGUUUCUAUGAGAUUUGAUUAGAUGAAUCAUUUUCAAGCAAGAAGAGUUUAAAAAACUAUUGUUGUACGACACCUUGUCUCCUUUUCAAUAUGUAAGAUUUCAAACUUGUAACUUUCGAGGUUUUUAUGCUGUCUCUCUCACCUAAUAAAUUCUUACUGAAUAAGAAGAAAACCAAAA